AUGCGAAAUUUCACAGCGUCGCCGGCUGCCCCUCCAACACUUAACCCAGCGUGGAUAGGCCCGUACGUAGUUAGAAAGGUCUUCUCCGACACGACUCGCGUCGUUCGCAGCCAGGACAGGCCAUACGCGGAAGAGUUGACAAUACACAUCAACCGUUUAAAGCCAUGUCCAUCGAUAGAGGAGGACACUGACAGUGCCGACUCGGAAGCCAGCCCGUCCCACGCCUAUAACGACCAACUAGUUGAACAGUAUUUAGUGGUUCCACUAGAAAUAAGUUACGUUUGGGCUGAGGUAUUCAAGGAACGUCUGAAUGCGGUCUUCCCGGACGUAGAAUUUACGAUGGAGGAGGAAGAGAACAACCAGCUGGCCUUCCUGGAUGUCCUCGUAUGCCGCGAGGAUUGUGGUGGACUAAAGACCAAAGUGUUCAGGAAAGCGACAAAUACGAUGCAAGUACUGAACUUCAACAGCAACCACCCAAUCAGUCACAAACGCAGUUGUGUAAGGACGCUCUGUCGGCGCGUCGAAACGCACUGCAGUGAGCCGGAAGAUAAGAUUGCCGAACUACAAUACCUCCGACGGGUCCUCAAAGCCAAUGGCUACCCGCGCAACUUUGUCAACCGGUGCAUACGCAAAAGGGACGAAAGGCCUAACAGCACGGACACCUGGGUUUGGCGAGCGCUUCCAUAUGUCAAGAACGUUUCGGAAGCUGUCGGCCGCCUUCUCGCACCAAUUGGGGUUGGAAUUGCACACAGACCGGAGGCAACCAUCGGGCGUCAGUUGAUGAAACCAAAAGACCCACUGCCACGGCAAGAAACGUCUGGAGUCGUUUAUCGGAUCUGGUGCAGUUGCGGACUAGGCAACUACGUCGAAGAAACCGGAAGACAACUCCAAACGCGAAUAGCCGAACACGCUGCUGCGGUGCGGAGAAAUGACGCCAGCUCUCAAGUUGCGGCUCAUUCGACGGGUUCCGACCACACAUUCAACUUAGACGAGGCCGAAAUUCUCGCAAGAGGUGACAACCGCGUGAGCCGGGAGCUGCUUGAGUCAUAG